UUCAGAAGAAGAAUUUUGUUGCAAUGAAGAAAAUUUAAAUAAAAAAGAGGGGGAAUCAGAACAAUUUUUAGUUUCUUCAAAUAAUUUACAAAAUAUGGAAAAUAAUAAAAAAUUGUCAGCCCAAACAAGAAGACAACGUUUUGCUUUAAAUAAUACAAAAAGUGAAGGGGGAAAUGUUGAAAAUAAUUGUGAAUUUUUGUUUGAAAAACAACAAAAUAUUUUUGUAAAUCAAAACACAAUUCUUUCUGUUUCUUCCUCUUUUUUGGACAGAAAAGUGGAAAAUAACCAAAAUUCACCAAAAAUGGGAGGAAAAUUAAAAGAAUUAAAAAAUCAAAAAAUAAUUAAUUCUUCAAAUAAAGAAGAAAAAUGUUACAAAAAUAAUAAUAAAAUACAACAACAACAACCUUUAAAUCAAAAUGAUUUUAAUUUAAUGGAAAGAGGACACAGAGUUUGUAAAUUAAUUGCUUUAAAGAAAUUUGAUAUAAUUUAUUUUCGUUUAUGGUUAAAUACACAAACACAACAAAUUGUUUUGUCUAAAUGGAAUAAUAAUUUUAAUCAUACAAAUUCUUCUUGUUCUUCGCUGGAUAUUAAUUGUUCUUCUUCUUCAACAUUAGAAGAGCAAAUAGAAAUAAACAGUCGAAGUUAUAGUACAACAAUUCCUCCAAAAUAUUCAACAGCAACAACAUCAACACGUUCAUGUUCCUCAACUUCUUCAUUUUCUUCUUUAAAAACCCAAACACUCGAUUUAAGAUUAAUUAAGGAUGUCCAGGUUUUGUCACAAAUAGGGACAACAAUGCAAAUAACAGAAAAAUGGAGGAGAGAUUCUGCUUUACAACGUUUUGAUAAAAAUACAGUUUUGUGUAUCAGUUGGGGUGUUACUUUUAUUCCAAAUAAUUGGCUUAUUUUAUUUGAUAACAAAGAAUUGUGUAAUUUGUGGUGCCAAGGGCUUCGACAAUUAUGUUUAGAACAAGCAAAUGCUUCUCAAGCAUUAAUUGUUGAACGGUGGUUAAGAAAACAAGUAACAUAAAUUAAUUUAAAUACAUAUUUCCUUUUCUCUUUUGAUUCCCUCUCAAUUAUUCCUCUCAGAAAAAUUAAUUUAAAGGACUCUCCCAAACAAUUUUUUUCCUAAUUUUAAUUGCAAGGAAGAGAAAAAUCCGGCUGCUAGCUUUUAAAAUGCUCACUAGGCCGAGAG